AUGAACAAUUUCACUAAAGCCGUCUUCAAUAGAGAUUUUGAUGAAUCUUCAUCAUUUGAUGAUAUAAUGAUGAUGCAAUUGUUAACAGUGCAACAACAAAGAAUACCAGCAUUAACCCUAAACCAACCAAGCAGAUAUGUUGGUUCUACAAAUGGUCGUCAAUACAUUAAUCGUGAGAGGGUCAAAAGCAACGAACAAAUUUAUAAAGAUUACUUUACAGAUAAUCUUGUCUACCUAGAUGAAUACUUUCGAAGAUGUUUUCGAAUAAGGCGAUCAUUAUUUCUUAGUAUCUUACAUAAUAUUCAACAAGUCAAUGAGUACUUCAUCCAAACCCAUGAUGCCACUAGUGCUCCUGGAUUAUCCGGUGUACAGAAGAUAAUUGCUACACUUCGGAUCCUACAAUAUGGUGUACCUACUGAUGUUGUAGAUGAGUACAUAAGAAUUGGCAAAACUACUGUAAUUGUCGUCUUGAAUUUCUUUACCAGAACGAUUGUUGCUAUCUAUGAAGGCGCUUACUUAAGAUCCCCGAAUGAGUCAAAUGUUGCCAAAUUAUUGCAAGUAAGAGAGCAAUACGGGUUUCCUGGAACGUUAGGGAGUUUGGAUUGUAUGCACUGGCGUUGA